CAAAUAAAUUGAGAUCUGUCACUUUUGGGCCACUUUUUCUAGAUCUUUGGCUGUCAUCAGUCACCCCUAUUUUCCAUUCAUUUCAUCUGCUCAAACCGACAAGUUAAUUGUGUGAGGAGCAAUGGCGGACUGGGGCCCAGUGUUGAUAGCAGUGGUGCUGUUUGUGCUGUUAACUCCGGGCCUAUUAUUCCAGCUUCCCGGCCGUGGAAAAGUGGUUGAAUUUGGGAACAUGCAAACUAGCGGCGCCUCCAUUUUGGUCCAUACCAUUAUUUAUUUUGGCCUCAUCACUAUCUUCCUCCUUGCCAUUGGCGUCCAUGUCUACACCGGCUAAAUAAUUUUACCUUCACUUGUUGUAAGUUGUAACAAACUCUCUUCAAUUGGAUCUUACAUUUCCGAAUUGCUACCAGAUUGUAUCAAUUGGGUGAACUGUUGGGUUUUUUUCCCCCUUUACCUUAAUUACUCAAAUACUUCAAAGCAUUAUGCACUACUUUUCUUAGGUUCAUCAAUUGACAGGAUCGUUAGAAUCUGCAAAUUUUUCUUCGCUCUUUGGAAUAAUGAUUGGACUUCAAGUACGAUGAUGAAAAAUCGAAUUACUAUUCGUCUCCUAAUCCCAACAAGGGAGUAAAUCAAUGAAAGAAUGUGAUGAGAGAUUGAUUUCGUAAAAAUUCGGAUUGUGGAAAAUUAUCUGGUAGUAAUAUAUAAAAUGUGCUUAGUGUUUGGACAAUAUUUGGUUGAAGUUGAGGUUGAAAAGGAGUAUCUGUUUGCAUAUAAUAUUUCACAUUAAAAUUGAAAAUGAAAUAAGUUUUAUAUUUAGUUCCUGUGUCUUUGGUGGGAGUUUACUGGGUAGUUGUUGUUGUUGUUGUUGUUGUUGUUGUAUUUAGUUCCUGUGUUUGAAACAUCAGACUAUGUACCAAAGAGAAUGACUUGUGGUCAAUGUACUUAUUAUUUUAUAGCCA